AUGGGGUAUAGUGCAGCAGAAUGGGCAAUUAAUUAUGCUGUACACAAAGGUCAUCUUAAAGCAAUUAAAUAUUUACAUGAAUUAGGAUAUGAAUGUGAUGAAUUUGCAAUUUAUUAUGCUGUACACAAAGGUCACCUUGAAGUUGUAAAGUAUUUAAUUGAAAAAGGGUAUAGAGGAGCAGAAGAUUCAAUUGAUUUAGCUGCAGAAAAUGGACACCUUGAAGUAGUAAAAUAUUUACAUUCUAUUGGAUAUAAAGGUACAAAAUUUGCAAUUAAUUAUGCUGCAGAAAAUGGUCACCUUGAAGCAAUUAAAUAUUUACAUGAAUUUGGAUAUAGAGGAGGAGAAAAUGCAAUUAAUUAUGCUGCAAGAAAUGGUCACCUUGAAGUAGUAAAAUAUUUACAUUCUAUUGGAUAUAAAUGUUCUGAAUGGGCAUUUUAUUCUGCUGCAGAAAAUGGAUAUAUUUAA